CCGUAGACGCGGAAGUAGUGUCGCACAAGCGGCCAUCAGGGCUUCGGCGUGACAUUCACCGGCUUGUAGGAGCUGUGGGAUCUUGGGGUCGUGCUAAAGGAGGAAUAAGACCACCCUUGGUCCGGCCGAGCUGUUGUCACAAUGAGAGUUUUAAAAGCGGGUCUGUGUUUGGCCAAAACGCAUCUUUUGGCACCAAGAGGCGUCACUGUUAAGAAGGUGCUCAUCAACAGCUGUCGGACAUGCUCCUCCGGGGUCGUCCCCAACGAGAUGAUCCGCAACAUCGGGAUCUCCGCUCACAUCGACUCGGGGAAGACCACCCUGACCGAGCGAGUGCUCUUCUACACGGGCAGGAUAGCAGAGAUUCACGAGGUGAAGGGGAAGGACGGUGUUGGAGCCACCAUGGACUCCAUGGAGCUGGAGAGACAGAGAGGCAUCACCAUCCAGUCAGCUGCUACAUUCACCAUGUGGAAGAACCACAACAUCAACAUCAUUGACACACCAGGUCACGUGGACUUUACCAUUGAAGUGGAGCGAGCGCUGCGCGUGCUGGACGGGGCCGUGCUGGUUCUGUGCGCCGUGGGAGGGGUCCAGUGCCAGACCCUGACCGUGAACAGACAGAUGAAACGCUACAACGUGCCCUUCCUCACCUUCAUCAACAAGCUGGACCGAUCUGGUGCCAACCCCGUCCGAGCCCUGCAGCAGCUGAGAACUAAACUGAACCACAACGCAGCCUUUGUGAGCAUCCCCAUUGGCCUGGAGGGAAACAUUCGCGGCAUCAUUGACCUGGUACAGGAGCGGAGCAUGUACUUUGAAGGACCAUUUGGUCAAAAUAUCCGCUAUGAUGAGAUCCCUGCUGAAUUUCGUGCCGAGGCCACAGACCGGAGGCAGGAACUGGUGGAGUGUGUGGCCAACUCGGACGAAGUCUUGGGAGAGAUGUUUUUGGAGGAAAAAAUUCCCACCAAUGAAGACUUGAAGGCUGCAAUCCGCAGAGCCACGGUGCAGCGUCUCUUCAGCCCAGUGUUGGUGGGCACGGCGCUGAAAAACAAGGGGGUUCAGCCUCUGCUGGACGCUGUGCUGGAUUACCUACCCAACCCCACUGAGGUCAAAAACUAUGCUAUCCUCAAUGACGAAGAUACUAAUGAAGCAACGAAGCUUCAAAUGGACCCGGCAAGAGACGAUGUAAAACCUUACGUUGGUCUGGCCUUCAAACUGGAGGCUGGAAGGUUCGGUCAGCUGACAUAUGUGCGGGUGUACCAGGGCUGUCUGAAGAAAGGAGAAUACAUCUACAACACACGCACCAGCAAAAGGGUCAGAGUUCAGAGGCUCGUGCGUCUCCACGCCGACCAGAUGGAGGAUGUGGAUGAAGUGUAUGCAGGAGAUAUUUGUGCCCUUUUUGGGAUCGACUGUGCCAGUGGAGACACUUUCACAUCCAGGACCAGCGCUAACCUCUCAAUGGAGUCCAUUCACAUCCCAGAGCCUGUCAUUUCCAUGUCAAUGAAGCCAGCAGUCAAGAACGACCUGGACAAAUUCUCCAAAGGCAUCAACCGUUUCACCAGAGAGGAUCCGACCUUCAGAGUUCAUUACGACACCGAGAGCAAAGAAACCAUCAUCUCAGGAAUGGGCGAGCUGCAUCUGGAAAUCUACUCGCAGAGGAUGGAGAGGGAAUACAACUGUCUCUGUGUGAUGGGGAAACCCAAAGUGGCUUUCAGAGAGACAAUCACCGGUGCUGUACCGUUUGACUUCACCCAUAAGAAGCAGAGUGGUGGCUCUGGACAGUACGGUAAAGUUAUCGGGGUCCUGGAGCCUCUGGAGCCAGAACAUUUCACCAAGCUGGAAUUUGACGACCAGACCGUCGGCACGAACGUCCCGAAGCAGCUUGUGCCUGCCGUCGAAAAGGGCUUCCGGGAGGCCUGUGAGAAGGGACCCCUGAGUGGGCACAAGAUCUCAGGAGUCCGAUUCCUCCUGGAGGACGGAGCUCAUCACAUGGUCGACUCCAAUGAGAUCUCCUUCAUCCGUGCAGGAGAGGGCGCUGUAAAGCAAGCGAUGGAAAAGGCCAAAACGACCAUCCUGGAGCCAAUCAUGUCUGUGGAAGUAGUAGCACCUCAGGAGUUUCAGGGAGUAGUGAUUUCUGGUGUAAACCGUCGUCAUGGUGUCAUCACAGGACAGGACGGGGCGGAGGGAUACUUCACUCUGUACGCUGAUAUUCCACUGAACGACAUGUUUGGCUACGCGACAGAACUACGCUCCAGCACUGAAGGGAAAGGCGAGUACACCAUGGACUUCAGCAGAUACCAGCCCUGCCUGCCGGCCACACAAGAAGAGCUCAUCCACAAAUACUUAGAGGCCACAGGACAGCUGCCUGCCAAGAAGAACAAGUGGAAGAACUGAAGACUCUCUGUUCGUUCAGUUGGACUUUUGACACCCAUCCCGUCUUUUGACACAUUAUCUGCCCAGCAUCAAGCGAGACCUGACAAUAUGGCUUUAAUCAGUGGAGCCAAACAAAACUGUGACAUUUUUCUGUUUGUUUUGCAGUUAAAGACAAAAUCCCUCCUGAUAAUUGACCCCUGUGAAACACAUAAUGUAUUUAUUACUUGUAAUUUAGCACAGUUUGACCUCUCGUCUCUGCAGUCCAUUGUUAAGGUGGUGAUUGGUGAGGAAAGCUCAGUGUCGACUUGAGCUUGUAAUGGCUUUUGUACAAUGUACAGAAUGGUUGCGAUGUAGUAAUACGUGCAGAUAAAGAUAAAUAUCCUUCUUUUAAA